UACCUCCGAAACAUCUUCUUCUUCUUACCGAGUGAAAAUUCUAGAGUGACAAAAUCGAAAGACGCGAAGUUCAGUGACAGAUGCUAUAGAAGCUGCCACGUAUCUCUGAUUCUCCAUGGCCGUCGUUGACAACAACCUCCAUCACCACCACCACCGCUCGAAGUCGAACUCCGAGUCAAAGCUUUUCAGACUCUGUCCCUUUUGGCAAUCGGGAGGUCAAACGGGGUCGUCGUCUUCGUCUUCGUCUUCGGCUCAUAAUCUCCAGAGCCAGAGCAGCCGACACCUUGUAAGUGGGAGUACCAAACCGAAGCCCAAAACGGUGUCGUCUGUAGCUAGAUCGCUUCUCCCUCCACGGCGGCGACUCCGACUUGAUCCGGCCAAUAAUCUUUACUUCCCCUAUGAACCUGGGAAACAAGUGAAAAGCGCAGUUGGGUUAAAGAACACGAGCAAGUCGCAUGUAGCUUUCAAGUUUCAAACUACUGCACCAAAAAGUUGUUACAUGCGUCCUCCAGGUGGGGUUCUAGCUCCGGGAGAAAGCCUUAUUGCAACUGUGUUUAGGUUUGUGGAACAUCCUGAGAAUAACCAAAAAAAUUUGGAUCAAAACGCCAAGGUCAAGUUCAAAAUCAUGAGUUUGAAAGUGAAAGAAGAUAUCGACUAUGUGCCUGAGCUGUUUGAUGAACAAAAGGAUGAAGUUGUAGUUGAGCGAAUAUUGCGAGUUGUGUUCUUAGAUGCACAGCGUUCUACUCCUGCACUGGAAAAACUGAAGCGGCAGUUGGCUGAAGCUGAGGCUGCAGUUGAAGCACGUAAGAAGCCUUCUGCAGAUGCAGGGCCUCGAGUUGUUGGCGAAGGUCUUGUCAUAGAUGAAUGGAAAGAGCGAAGGGAGAAAUACUUGGCUCGGCAACAGAUUGAAGCAGUAGAGUCCUUGUAAAGUGCGAUUUUCUAAUGCUUUUCAUGGCGGAUUUUGCAAGCUUUGAAGUGCUUGAAAGCGUCAUCCCAUCUGUCAACCUUCGAAAAUGAUAGGUUGGGAAUCAGUGAAAUGGAUUUUAUUAGUCUAGUAAGCAUAACCAUGUAUUGUAUAGAGGUGAAGAAGAAGAAGAAUUGAAAUGUUUUGCUGCCAUUAUUUUUGUGCAAUGAGUAAUAUGAGGUGAUGUAACCUAUACUCAGGGCUGAGCCUUGUGUUUUUGUAGAUAGUAAAUUUUGCUUAUGAAAAUGGAAAUAAAGGAAUCUGGUUUUGUAGAAA